GUUUCGUUUUAAUAGAUGACAGAGGCCUGGAAGCUCCCGUUUGCAGCAGCUAUGAAACUUAUUCUGCUCGUCGUCUUUGAGAAUGCGUGUAGCAGACAGGGCGCCGCGUGCUGUGAGCCACGUUCGGCAACAGCGCCGUCUGCCCGCCGGAACUGUCUGCUAUUGUCGGCCACGGGCACUGCAGCCCAGUGGUGGGACGAGUGCGAGAAGCCGGUGUGCGCCAGCUGUGACGGCUUGAGCGUCACCUUCAUGAGCCAGUGCGAGCUCGAGACCUACAACUGCCAGAACGGGAACUGGUGCACCCAAGUCAGCGACACAGCGUGUACAGCCUCGAGGAAGCGGUAACCCAACCAAGACAGCUGCUGGCGAAAACAUCAAUAUGUUGUACUUUUCUACUCAGUUUUUCUUGUGACAUACUGAGGUUUCAGAUCUAUGUCUCGAUCUUCUCAGUGAGUUGACGUUGUCUGAAAAAAAAUUAAAAAAAAAAAUGGAUGAACGAAGAAAUAAAACUUUGACUUAUCUGGAA